AUGAGGUGAAUUGCAUUAAUCUAAAGUACUGCAGAGAUGAAACUUAAAGCAGGAAGCAACAUACCAUGAGUGUACUGGAAGGGAACACAUUUGUGUCAUGUGAAGAGACAUGACAAAAACAGCCCUUCUUAAAUUAUUUGUGGCAAUAGUGAUCACAUUCAUUUUAAUUUUGCCGGAAUAUUUCAAGACACCGAAAGAAAGAACAUUGGAGCUAUCAUGUCUGGAAGUGUGUUUACAAUCUAAUUUUACCUACUCACUACAUACGGAAGCCUUUCAGAUUGCUUUCGAAUGCUUUCCUAGAGCUUUAAUUAUUGUAAAGCUUAAUCACUUUCUAGUUCUUAUCAGGAGAGGAUCAAUGGAAGUGAAAGCAAAUGAUUUUUAUUCACCUUGUCAGCACUUGAACUUCACUGUAGCUCCUCUGGUUGACCACUUGGAGGAAUAUAACACUACCUGUCAUCUAAAAAACCACACUGGAAGAUCAGCAAUCAUGGAGGAUGAGCCAAGCAAGGGGAAAUCUAUAAACCAUACUUGUAGAAUCAUGGAAUACCCGAACGAUUGUAUACACAUUUCUUUGCACCUAGAGAUGGAUGUAAAAAGUCAUAGAGACAAACCUACAUCUGUUCUCUUAAGAGGAAGUGAUUCGGAGAAACUGAGAGCAUUGAAUGUGCAGGUUAUUUCAGCAGGGACCACGCAGAGGCUGCCUUUGGAUGAAGUCCAGGAAGUGCUUCCCCCAAUACCAGAACUAUAAGUUACUUCACAGUGUAUCCGUGAGAUCAAUAUACACGAAUAUCCCUGGGCACCUUGGACUGAGCCCUUUGAAGAAUACUCAUAAUUUUAUUUUGUGAAUGCGUAGACUGGAAAAUGUUUGGGUCCAGCUGAGGAUGCACAGUUGGAAAGCAGGAGGAAUGCUGACUGGUUGAUGAAAACUAGCUUAAGAGCAUUCAUUUGACCCAUGAGAUCAAGGGAACAAGAGUGUUUGCAAGAAGCCGUUAUGAGUCAUGGAAAACAAGAUGAUGAAACCCAUGGAAACAGCAAGAGAAUUCUUACUCUUUGUCUUCUUAAAAAAAUCUAUCACAUACAACACAGAAUGGAGUCAAGAUUUUAAUUUUGAGGAACCAAAA